CCAGUGUGAUGUAACAGGAAGCAGUGGGUUGCCUUCCAACGUCAACCUGACAGCACUUUCAGCUGCGCUCAUUGCGCGCCGGAGACCCGCUGGCUGUGCUGCUCUGCGCCCCAAACCAGCUCACAGUCUGAGGAUUGCCUCGUUCCGGAUCGAACCUUCUUCUUCUUCUGCUGCUGCUGCCGGAUUUUACUCUCUGGUAGGACGAGCUGACGCGGAGUAUCAUCUGCAGCUGGUCAAUCUUCAACCAGCUCUGACAUGGCUGAGAGGAAGCUGGAUGGCUUUGGACAGGGUUGGAUGGUGGCACUUUUACUGCUGUGUAAUCUAACGACGUUUUUGGUGAAGGCCAGCAUGGGGGUUAAUGAAACUCAUCAGCAACAUCCAACCAAUGUCUACCAUGACAUGGGACUCACCAGGAACAAGAUCGUUACAGCACAGUUCGAGUGCUAUCAGAAGAUAAUGAAGGACAAUAUCCACAGCAGACAAGAGCCCAUGUGUAACCGCACUUGGGAUGGCUGGCUGUGUUGGGACGACACCAAAGCUGGAGUUACAUCGGAGCAGCACUGCCCAGACUACUUCCAGGAUUUUGAUCCUUCAGAGAUGGUUACAAAGAUUUGCACUGAUAGUGGCCAUUGGUUUCUGCAUCCUGAGAGCAACAGGACAUGGACAAAUUACACCCGCUGCAAUGAACACACCAAUGAAGGCAGAGUGACCGCAAUGAAUCUGUUCUACUUAGCCCUCAUAGGACAUGGGCUGUCACUGACCUCCCUCUUCAUCUCCCUUGGAAUAUUCUUCCAUUUCAAGAGUUUGAGCUGCCAAAGGAUCACCCUUCACAAAAACCUCUUUUUUUCUUUUGUUCUCAACUCUGUGAUCACCAUCAUUUUCCUGACCGCGGUGGCAAACAACCAGGAACUGGUGCAGAGGAAUCCAACAAGCUGCAAAGUGUCCCAGUUUAUUCAUCUGUACCUGUUUGGCUGUAAUUACUUCUGGAUGCUGUGUGAAGGAAUAUAUCUGCACACUCUCAUUGUGGUGGCCGUGUUUGCAGAGAAGCAGCACCUCAUGUGGUACUAUCUCCUAGGCUGGGGCUUUCCUCUCAUUCCAGCAUCCAUACAUGCCAUUGCUCGAAGUUACUACUACAAUGACAACUGUUGGAUUAGCUCCAAAACGUCGCUACUCUACAUCAUCCAUGGCCCCAUCUGUGCUGCUCUCUUGGUCAAUUUGUUCUUUCUCCUCAACAUCGUUCGAGUCCUCAUCACCAAACUGAAGGUGACCCAUCAGGCGGAGUCGAGUCUCUACAUGAAAGCAGUGAGAGCCACUCUCAUCCUGGUGCCUCUUUUGGGAAUUCAGUAUGUCCUGCUUCCCUACAAGCCAGAGGGCCGGGUUUCCUCUGAAAUAUAUGACUAUAUCAUGCACAUACUCAUGCAUUACCAGGGUUUACUUGUGGCCACCAUCUUCUGCUUUUUCAAUGGAGAAGUCCAAGCAGUUCUGAGGAGGCACUGGAACCAGUAUCAAAUUCAGUUCGGCAGCAGUGUAGGAAACCACUCGGAUGCCCUGCGUUCAGCCUCCUACACAGCUUCCUCCAUCACUGAGGUACAGGGCUGCUACAGCAUUGACGGUCACACAGAACACAUGAACGGCAAGGGCUUCCAUGAUACAGAUGCCUCCAUCUUAAAGUCAGACAGCCCCUUCGCCUGACAUCAACACUCCCCUCAAACUCUACCUGUCCCACCACCACCCUUAAAAUCUGCAGCAUGCUUGGAGCUCCGUGGCAACCAGGGAAACUUGCCUCUUUCUACAAAUACAAUGUCCGAAGAAACGAGUGAGGAAAAGGACUGUCCACCCAUGGCUCCUACCCACCGAAAGGAAAUGAUGGCGUCUCAGUCACACCAACACAGGCCCUUUAACAGCACUGUAAAGUGAGCUUGCUACAGCUAACCCUGCGCUGUGUUGUGUCUACAGUUGGACAAAGAUGCAUUCUGAUAAUCACAGUAUUGUUGCAAUCUUUCUGCCUGACAAAACAAUUUUUAAAUGGAUGAAUAGUGACUGCCUGAUUAUCCUGUUGGGGUCAUGUUGUGCACCAAAAGCCUUUGGCUACACUGUAAAUUCUUUUGACACGGUUAGUGCCAAACCAAGAAUUUUUGCCUGCCUCAUUUAGAUUUAUUUUCAACAGAAAACCAGAACAGAGAUAAGAUGUCUAACAGGUGCAUAAUAAUAUAUUACAGCUAUAGUGUAUCUUUCACAUGGUAAACUUAAUUUAUAUAAUCAUAUUCUUGUUUAUUAAAUGGAAACAAAAUAAAUACCAUACAGUAUUUAUUACAGUUGACAUGCUACAGUUUAUUCAAAAUUAGUCAUCUAUGAACUGAUAUGACUUGUUCCAGCAACACAUAAGCUUUCUAAGCUUUUCUUCUUCGUUUCAGUGUUUAUGUUAGUGAAGCUCAUUUACAGAAUCACAUCCUAUGCUUAAUAACUAGAGAUUUAGAGAUUUAGUCAUGCUAGUGUUUGAGCAUGUUCAAGUGAUCCUUAUCAACAUGCAUCUGUUAAACCACAUGGUAGGUUGUAAUGUAACCUGUUAACACAAUAUGACCACAGACAAGGCGUCAUGACAUUAUAUGUGCUCCAAUACAUGCUCAGUACACUUGAAUGUAACAGUUUAAAGUCCUGGAUAUUGAACAUAAAUGCAUCACAUUCCCUUUCACUGCUGUCUUUACCCAACCCAUACUCGUACUUAGAUAUACGGAGAUGUUAGCACUAUUAGGUGUUCAGAUCUACAACAGCAGUGUUAAAUAAUGCAGAACUUUGUGUGAGUGAAGUUGUUUCAGGUACUGUUGAAGAUGAAGUAGAGUUUAUGAAGUCUGGAUUUGGUCAUGUAUGCAUCAAUCUGAAGGUUCUGUUUGCAAGCCUUUAGAACGAUUUGGUAUCGUAAGAGCACCAGCAUCUCAGACCAAACCAAACAGGCACACCUCCUCCUCCCUUUAAUUUACAACCACAAAGGUCAUGUAAACGAGAACCAACAAAAACAAAUCUAGCCACUACUCCUGAACCCACGCUAUCAUUGUAAAAUACAGUGAAUGGACAUAGCGAGCGGUUAUUAACUCGAGUAGAGCUAUCUUCACUUCACGUCUCUCACUUCUGUCCACUUGUGUCUGUUCUGCUCCAGUCUGUGUAUGUCUGUUUCCACUCAUUGAUCCACUCAAGUAUAGAAACAGACACGCAAUGACUUUAGCAGAACAGACACAAGCAAAUAUUUGCUUUUCCAAUCCAGUGAGGGAGGUCACUCUCAGUGUGUUUAUAAGCAUGAGGAGCCCCAACAGUUUCAAAGGGAGGGAUUCACAUGCAUAUGCAGCGAGGCUGGCUGCUAAAACAGAAAACAGAGUAGUGUGACUUCAUUCUCUGCUGACGCCAUUACUCCACUUUAUCUUGACAUAGCAGAUAGUUGUUUGCUGCUAUUUUAAUGUUAAAUAGUUAUUAUUGUUCAAGAUCUUGCAUGCAAGUAAAUUCAAAUAUAAUACUCAUGUGCACUUGAAAGACGUAUCUAAUUCCUUCUGUUCUUACAGGCCAGACAUUAAAUCUUUUGUAGAACAACUUAGUGUUAGAAAUGGCCAAUAGACAUGCAAAAAUUUAGGAAAAGCUAAUAUCACAACAAAAGCACUCAGAGAAUGCAGUACUAUGCCAACGCUGCUCAGUGGUUAUAUGAUUUCUGAAGGCUGAAAUCUUGAAAAAAAUUGUGGUCUGCAGCAGUCGAUUUAUAGUAGGAUCACAAUCAUUUGAUUGUCAGCAGGCAGCUGACGUAGUGUUCACUUGGAGUCAUAGUUACAGUGACGCUAUGCCGCUAUCUCACAAUGAUACAAAAAUGUUUAACAAAUCUGUGGAUCCAGACGAGAAGCUGUAUCACUGCCAAAAUCUUAUCACUUGGUCCUUGUGUCAUUUCUGACCUUCCCUCAAAAUUUCAUCCAAAUCUGUCCGUUUUUGGGUAAUGUUGCAAACAGACAGACGAACAGACAAACCAAUGCCAAUCGUCACGUAAUUCCACUGCAUUCCUUGGUAGAGUAAUUAUCCAAGUCAAGCAAGUAUCUUCAUGCUAGCUAGCCAUGCAUUUGUUUAUUAGACAGUACCUUGUCAGUGAAAGCACAAUUUUCUAUUAAAAUGUUUUUAAUUUUGGUAAAGACCCACUUUAUUUGGCAAACUCAGACAGAUGAAACUUCACACUGACUUAAUUACGUUUUCAGAUACUUUUGUCCUCUGUCUUUUCAGAGCAGUCUUAAUACUAAAGGAUGCUUUAAGACCAGUGUGCAGGUUUGAUUCCAGGCACCACAUUUUUCGUUUGCGCAUAAAAACAAAUCCAAACACAGAGGUUGGUUAAGUGCUUCAAUAAAAGCAAAGCAUGUGGCAUCCACAUUCAUCCAAACAUCCACUGAAACCUCAGCUACACUAAAGACAUUAAAAAUGGCAGAAGAGCAAACGCAUCAGAUCUGUGUGGAGCAAUGAGGAAAGCAUUAUAUUUUGACUAAAACAUGGAAAAAAAUGACAUAUUCCGUAUGUCCAUUGAUGUCAGUUCUGUUUGUUUAAGGUCUGACUGACGGUUGCUGUGAUUUUAUUGUGCUGUCUUCUUCUGCAAUGAUACUCAAAGAGAGAAUUAGCACCCCCACCUACAUAUCUCAAUGAAACAAAUCCAACUAGUUGCAUUACAGUAGUGGAUGAAAAUGCAUGCAUUAUUCACUGUUUUCUCUGUAUUUUUUUUUAAACGUGUUUAAAAUGUGCUACAUUUGGAUGAAAAUCAGCUUACUUACCUCAAGGUGACAAUUUGUUUUUUCAAUCUGAGCCUGAGGUAAAGAGUGUUUUUUCAAUGAUGCUGCUGUAUUGUGGCAUAAGUUGGGUUAGGUUUGAAUUUUGAAAAAUUACCCAGUGUUUUAUCAGCCCUCUGGUUUUUGCAGUAGUGUGAUGUCAGUCUGUACACAGCCUUAAUUAAAAGUACAUGAUGUGAUUUCCACUUCUCACACAAACCUGGGCAAAAAUAAAAUAAUAAAAUUCUGCAAAAAAUUAUUUUCAAAAAGCAUUUAGAUAAAUCAGAAUGUUUCAGACCUGGUCAAUAAUCAGUCUACCUUUUUUUUUUUUUUUUUUCAAAUCCCAGAACCUUUAUUGUUUGUUUGUUUGUUGGGGAUUUUUUGUAGCCUUUUUAACACACUGUUCAUAAUGCUGGGAACAUGAGUCACUAUCAGUUGAUGUAAAUACUUUUGUAAAUCGAACAUUUCUGCAGAGGAUAAGUUGAAGGUGUGAGUGCGUGUGUGCAUGAUUUAUAUAUAGAUAUACACAGUAUUUAUGAGUAUAUUCUACUCGGAAGCAUUCAACCACUACUUUUGUGUGUUUUUUAAAGGGAGGGCCGGGGUUACUAACUGGGAACUCUCAACAUGCUACUGUAUGUGUCUGCCCUUAUUCCUGUCCUUGUUAAAUUCUGUCACUUUUCUAUUUAGACUGCAUUUUAAAGCACAGAAAUGGUGUAAAUCUGAUAUGUGAAGAUUCACAUUCAACCUUCCAAAGGGCAUGUUUUCAUUAUGAUAUAUAAUGCGUGAAAACAAAAAUGUACCUCCAGUUUGUCUCAAUUUUUCAUGUUUAUUGUUUCUUGCUUUCUGGAUAAAUUACUUCUGAGUCUAAGGUAGAUAACCUGUUCAUGCAAAAGUUCAAAUUUUAAUACACAUGGUCCAAAUUAACCAUCUUCUGACAAAUUACUAACAGCAAUUACAUUGUUAGCUACUUGUUUAUCUUUGAUAACAUUUGAAUGUCUCAAUGUUCAGUCUUUAAUGCAACUAUGAAGCACUUGAUUCUACACAGAACAUGAAACGUGGCCUGUUUUUGAGAAAAAUAAUUUUCAUUUAUGGCUAAGAUGUGAAACAAAGGGGCAAUUUUAACACACACAAGUAUAUUCACAGUAUUUCAACCCACAUAUAUUGUGUGAAAUCAGACUGCAGCAUCACACAUGCAGUUUCUACUUUUUAUGUCAGACCUGCAGGACAGUUUCUCCAUUUAAACAUUAACUACACAACCUACAUUUAUCACUUUCACAGUACUGCUUUGAUUAAGUGAUUGACGUACAAUGACAGAAUUAUGAAGUCUUCAUAACGUCAUUCAUUGUGUAGUGACGCAUCAUAAUCAUUAUUUCAUCAGAAUCGUGGAAAAGUCAGAGGCUUUUGGCACAUGUAGUAAAUCUUGUGUAUCAUUUAAGUUGUGUAUUUAUGUGUGAAAUGUUUUCAUAUGACUCUCCAAAGGGUUUGUGAACUCCCCAGUGACACUUUGGUAAAAUGUUGUAAAGUAUGACAAAAGCAUUGAGGACAAUGUCUGUAGUUUUUGUUUAUACUGUACUGUAUCUAACUUUGGUAGUCUUGACACGUUGACUCCACACUGCUGUUUGAAUGUAAAUGGUUUUGUUUUAUUUUCUGGAUGUGAAGAACAUAUUAUAUAUACAUAUACGCUGCCAGUCAAAAAGUUUGGACACACCUUCUCAUUCAGUGGCUCUUGUUGAAUUAUUUUAGCAUUGUAGAUCAAUACUGAAGACAUCCAAACUAUAAAAGAAUAUAUAUGAAAUUAUGUUAUAAACAAAAAGUGUUCAUCUUGAGUAUUAAAUCUACAUAGGGGAUCUACAUAAAAAUAAAUAAAUGAAUUAGAAGGUGUGCCCAAACUGUGACUGGUAGUGUACAUAUAUUAUAUUAUAUUUACAUAUUAUGUCUCUUUUUUAUUAUUUUACAGACUUAGACAAUGUUGCUAUGUUGUGUGUGUCUGCAUACUAAUACAGAAUAGCACAGCA